UAUUUGACAAUUUGAUUUUGCUGCUAAUUAUUAGUAAAUAUGAAAUAAAAAUCUGCUAUGAAAAUUAAUAACUAAUAAUAAAUUGUAUGUAGUUUACACUUUACAUAGUAUUGAAUAUCAGACAGCAAAAGCCCCUGGUGGCCAUCUUCGGCACACCAUGCCACUCCGAAAAGUUUUCGUCAAUUUUUGUCUUUUGACGAAUUUCUGCCUUUUGGCUUUGGGUUUUGCGCUUCGCAAUUGCAGAUUUGCUUUGGCCAUUUGAGAUGAACUAAAGCCUAAAGUUACUAAAUAAACUUUAAAGUCUUUCAUUCCAAAAUCAGAAGCGAGUGUCUCGCGGCAGCGCGAGAGGGUCUCUUUUUUGUCAGUAACCGAGAGAUCUGUUGGCUUGUGAAAAUGUCGUACAUGCUUCCCCAUCUCCAUAACGGUUGGCAAGUGGAUCAAGCCAUUUUAUCCGAAGAGGAUCGUGUUAUCGUCAUUCGUUUCGGGCAUGAUUGGGAUCCCACGUGCAUGAAGAUGGACGAGACGUUAUUUGGUAUAGCGGAGAAAGAAAACUUCUGCACCAUCUACCUAGUGGACGUGACGGAAGUGCCGGAUUUCAAUAAAAUGUACGAAUUAUACGAUCCGUGUACGGUGAUGUUCUUCUUCCGCAACAAGCACAUCAUGAUCGAUCUGGGCACGGGCAACAACAACAAGAUCAACUGGGCGCUGGAGGACAAACAGGAGAUGGUGGAUAUCAUUGAGACGGUGUACCGGGGGGCGCGGAAGGGACGGGGUUUGGUGAUUUCGCCCAAAGAUUACUCCACGAAAUACCGCUACUGAUCUCGCUGUUUGGAUCCCACAAUCUCCUCUUUAAUUGCUUUGUCCACUCUUAUGUUGCAUUUGAUCUUUUCGUAUUCAAUCGUGCAUCUGGUGCAUUGAUAUCGAUCGCGUCGUGUUGGUUUGUGGGUUGACGGAUAAUUUUAACGUUGGAAGGAUUUUCUUACACAGUCUUGGAGAUAUUUUUUUCAGUUUUUUUAGCAGUACAGUUUAUCCAGCCAGUUGUAUUUUUUGUGAAUUUUGUCCAGAUGAUAUUUGUUCUGAUGUAUUAUAAAAUUGUGGCGAAAAUGA